GUGUACCUGGUGGGGGGGGCUUGGAGGGCCACGGGAGCCGCUUGGGGAUGGAAAGUUUCGGACGGAGGGGGUUGGGGGGUUGGGGGCGGGGCGAGCUGCCCGGGGCGGGGCUGGCCGCCUUUUUCCCCGGGGCCCCGAGCCAGAGCCGCCCCCGCGCGCCCGCUCACCCGCCAGCAGGACCCCAGAGACCUGCGCGUCCCAUGUCCCCAGCUCGGCCAGCUGUCCCCAGCCAGGCCGUCGCCACCGCCGCUGCCACCGCCGCCGCGCCAGCCUCCCGACUGCAGUGCCCCUGACAUCGCAGGUAGCUCGCAGGACCCCAGAGACGAAAGUGGAGAUGGAGGAGACCUUUGUGGUGGAGAGCCCCGAUGUCACCUACGGGCCGGAUGUCAUCCAGGCCCACUACACGUACCAGACAACCCGGGUCAGCCAGGACGGAGGCAGUCUUAAGGUGCAUCCCAUUUCGACCCGCUUCACAUUCCGGACCGAGCGGAAAGUGCCUCGACUGGGGGUCAUGCUAGUGGGAUGGGGUGGAAACAACGGCUCCACGGUGACGGCCGCUGUGUUGGCCAACAAGCUUAAACUCUCCUGGAUGACCAAGACUGGUAGGAAGGAAGCCAACUAUUAUGGUUCCCUGAUGCAAGCUGCCACAGUGAGCCUGGGCAGUGAUGACCAUGGCCAAAACGUCCACGUCCCCUUUCGUGCCCUGCUGCCCAUGGUCUCGCCCGAUGACAUUGUCUUUGAUGGCUGGGACAUCUCUUCCCUGAACCUGGCAGAGGCCAUGAAGCGGGCACAGGUGCUGGACUGGGCACUCCAGGAACAGCUGUGGCCACAUAUGGAACAGCUGCGGCCCCGGCCCUCAGUCUAUAUCCCCAAGUUCAUUGCUGCAAACCAGGAGAGCCGAGCGGAUAACCUCAUUUCUGGCUCUCGGGCCCAGCAGCUGGAGCAGAUCCGCAAGGACAUCCGUGAGUUCCGGACCAAAAGUGGGGUGGACAAGGUCAUCGUUUUGUGGACGGCUAACACCGAGUGCUUCUGUGAUGUGGUACCUGGACUCAAUGACACAGCUGAAAACCUGCUGCAGGCCAUUGAGCGGGACCUAGAGGUGUCCCCCUCCACCCUGUUUGCGGUGGCCAGCAUCCUGGAAGGCUGCGCCUACCUCAAUGGUGCUCCCCAGAACACCUUCGUGCCAGGUGCGAUCGAGCUCGCUAUGCAGAGACGGGUCUACAUCGGAGGAGAUGACUUCAAGAGUGGCCAGACCAAGAUCAAAUCUGUGCUUGUGGACUUCCUCAUUGGGGCUGGUCUCAAGACUGUGUCCAUCGUCAGCUAUAACCACCUGGGGAACAACGAUGGCCGGAACUUGUCAGCCCCCAAGCAGUUCCACUCCAAGGAGGUCUCCAAGAGCAAUGUGGUGGAUGACAUGGUGCAGAGCAACCCGCUGCUGUACGGCCCUGGGGAGGAGCCCGACCACUGUGUCGUGAUCAAAUACGUUCCUUACGUGGGGGACAGCAAGCGAGCCCUGGAUGAAUACACAUCGGAGAUCAUGCUCGGGGGCACCAACACCAUCGUCCUGCACAACACCUGCGAGGACUCCCUCCUGGCCAGCCCCAUCAUCCUCGACCUGGUGAUUCUCACCGAGCUGUGCCAGCGGAUCACCUUCUGCACCGACAGCGAUCCCCAUUUCCAGAACUUCCACUCGGUCUUGUCCAUUCUGAGCUUCCUCUGCAAGGCCCCGUUGGUGCCCCCGGGCACCCCCGUGGUCAACGCCCUGUUUCGGCAGAGAAGCUGCAUCGAGAACAUUCUCAGGGCGUGUGUGGGUCUUGCUCCCCAGAACCACAUGCUGCUGGAGCACAAGAUGGAGCGUGUGAGCAGCGAGUUUCGACGCGAAGGCACCGAAGCCCCCACCUGUCCUGUGCCCAUGAAGAAGGGGGUGGCAGCUUCUCCCCCCAAUGGUUAUGUGGAGGGCACCAACGGGCACCAGCAUGCCUCUGCCAGCUAGGUGCCUUGGGGUCUUCACCAGUGAUUCCUGCCAGUCUCUUCCCUUGUCACAGUGCCCAUGGAGGCCACUGUGAAUCCAGCCUUUCUAAUCAAUAAAUCUGGCAUGA